AUGGCUUGCUUACUCUUAUAUGUGGAUGAUAUAAUCCUAACUGCUUCUAGUGACGCCCUACUACAACGUAUCAUCAAGCCUUUAACAACUGAAUUUAAAAUGACCGAUCUUGGUGACUUGCACCACUUUCUUGGUAUAGCUGUUCAAAAACAGUCAUCAGGCUUGUUCUUAUCACAAUCUACUUAUGCCGCCUAUAUUUUAACCCAUGCGAACAUGUCGAACUGUAACCCGGUUAACACUCCUGUCGAAGUGGGUUCCAAACUUAGUGCCGAUAGUGGAGUUUUAUUAUUAGAUGGGUCCUUAUAUAGAAGUUUGGCUGGUGCUUUACAAUACCUCACCAUAACCAGACCCGACAUAUUUUAUGCAGUUCAACAGGUCUGUUUGUUUAUGCAUGCUUCUAGGGAACCACAUUUUCAGUUUCUGAAACGGAUACUUCGUUAUAUCAAAGGCACCAUAUCUCAAGGCCUACAGAUUUCUCCCUCUCCAUCCUAUAAGCUGACUACUUAUUCUGAUGCGGAUUGGGGAGGGUGUCCCGACUCUCGUCGGUCUACCUCCGGAUAUUGUGUUUAUAUGGGUCCCAAUUUGAUUUCAUGGUCUUCUAAAAGACAGUCUACCAUCUCUAGAUCCAGUGCCGAAGCGGAAUACAGAGGCGUUGCUAACACUGUAGCCGAACUCAGCUAG